AAUUUAAUUUAUAAAAAUUACAAAAAUGGCGAAUGCGCCGGGGUUAAGUCUCCUCAAAUAUUUCAUUCUUUUUUAAUUUUUUUCAUAAUAAACAUAAAAACUGCAAACUUGUUUUAUUGCAAUUCUUCUACAUAUAAGUCCGUUAAAUAGCAAUACCAUUUACAUGCUUGUUUGAUCAAUAAUAAUACCUAUAAAAUGGCUUCUUUACAAAUAUCAAGAGCGCUAGAAAUCCAAAACAAAACAUUAAAACCACAAACAAUAGCAAGAACAAGAAACGAAAUUUCUUUGAACUGGGAGAAAAUUUUCCCCAAACACAAUAACGCUGAAUAUACUUUACAGAUCCUCGACGAAUUUAAGGAAUGGAAAAAAAUUUACUCAGGUCCGCAAACAACUUUUAAGGUUACAAAUUUGGCGCCAUGUUCUGUAUACAGCUUCCGCGUAUCGUUAAAGGACACCUCCAAUUGGCUGGAAUUCAAAUCAGCCACCUCAGAAGAUUUGGAAAACAGCUCGCACAUGGCCAGAGCUAUAAAAAUGAAAAACACAAACACCGUCAAAAAAAUCGCACAAAAUAAUCCACGCUUGUUGGAGACGGAAAAUAAAGAACUUAGAACCCCUUUAGUUCAAGCAAUCGACAACAACGAUUUUCAAAUGGUACAGUGCCUUCAUAAUUUAGGCGUUAAUGUUAACAAUCACAUAAGUUUAGCCCAACGCACGCCACUCAUGAUUUCCGUAUACCUGGGCUAUCUUGAUAUAGCACAGUUUUUAAUUAGCAAGGGUGCUAAUGUCAAUGAUGUGGACAUUAACGGCUCAAAUAUUAUUCAUUAUGCUGUAGAUUCUAAUAAUAAGAUAAAUGUUGAGUUUGCUAUUAAAUCUGGUGCACAUAUAAAUUGCCAAACUUCCAAAGGAUGGACUCCUCUAAUAAGAGCAGCUAAUCUAAAAUGUUCAUCUGAUAUUCACAAAAUUUUGAUGGACAAUGGGUGUGAUACAACUAUUAAGAGUAAAAGUGGUAUGGAUUAUAAGAAAUAUUUAACUUUAGGAUAAGAAUAUCAUGUUUUACGUUAUUCUGUAUAUGUACCAAUUAAAUAAAUCAUAUUUGCUUAUUGAA